ACGGACUAAAUUGUACAGGAGACCCACAAAACAGCCAUUAUAGAGCCUAUAUCCUGCUACAUGUGAGCAGGCUGUGCAUGCAUUCAGGCAGAUAAUUAGUUCACUUUCAAUCCACACAGCCUGUACCGAGAAACACUGGAACGCACUUUUCUUUCUUUUUUUUGGAGAAUUUAUUGCAAAGGCUUCUGCUGCAAAAAAACUGCAACUUUGGGCUGACCGUGUUGGAUUAGACGCAUGUCACUGGUUCCCUGCCUUUUGUAGGAUAAGGCAAGGAACGGCGCACGACCGAGAGAGAGGAUAUAAAAGGAUCAAGGGAGUAAAAAAGAGCAGAGAAAUAAAAGAAAAAGUUGCGUUGCCUGGUGUCCGCGCAUCGUCAUGCCGAGGUACAACUUCUUGCUGUGCUUGAUGGUGCUCAUCUCCUUGGGACGGUCGGGGAGCGACGAGCCCAAUCUGCUGCUGCAUCCUGCCAGCCAGACGCCCACGGAUGCCGGGCUGCCGCUUGUGGACGAGGACGCCGGUGCCCACGAGUGCUCCGCAUGCGUGUGGAGGGAGCAGAGCAAAGUGCUGAGGCUGGAGACCAUCAAGUCCCAGAUUCUGAGCAAGCUGCGUCUGAAGCAUGCGCCCAACAUCAGCCGGGAGGUGGUCAACCAGCUGCUGCCCAAGGCGCCUCCGCUCCAGCAGCUCCUGGACCACCAGGACUUCCAGGGGGACGCGUCGUCCCAGGAUGAGUUUAUGGAGGAGGAUGAGUACCACGCCACUACGGAGUCCGUGAUCACCAUGGCCUCUGAGCCCGAGCCACUGGUGCAGGUGAACGGGAAGCCAAGCUGCUGCUUCUUCAAGUUCAGCCCCAAGCUGAUGUUCACCAAGGUGCUGAAGGCCCAGCUGUGGGUGUACCUGCGGCCGCUGCAGCAGACCUCCACCGUCUACCUGCAGAUCCUCCGGCUGAAGCCUGUGACGGAGCAGGGCAGCCGCCACAUCCGCAUCCGCUCCCUGAAGAUAGAGCUGAACUCCAGAGUGGGCCACUGGCAGAGCAUUGACUUUAAGCACGUGUUGCAGAACUGGUUCAAACAGCCGCACACCAACUGGGGAAUCGACAUCAACGCCUUCGACGAGAGCGGCAAUGAUCUGGCAGUUACCUCGCUGAGACCCGGGGAGGAGGGGCUGCCGUUCCUGGAAGUAAAGGUUCUCGAGACGACCAAGCGUUCUCGCAGAAACCUUGGCCUGGACUGCGACGAGCACUCCACCGAGUCCCGCUGCUGUCGCUACCCGCUGACCGUGGAUUUCGAGGCGUUCGGCUGGGACUGGAUCAUUGCCCCCAAACGCUACAAAGCCAACUACUGCUCCGGCCAAUGCGAGUACAUGUUCAUGCAGAAGUACCCACACACCCACCUGGUGCAGCACGCUAACCCCCGUGGCUCAGCAGGGCCCUGCUGUACCCCGACCAAGAUGUCCCCCAUUAACAUGCUCUACUUCAAUGACAAGCAGCAGAUUAUCCAUGGCAAGAUCCCAGGGAUGGUGGUGGAUAGAUGUGGCUGCUCUUAGGCUGCGGGGCGAACGCACACUUGUGUACAGCCACCAUUGCAUCGAACCACCCAAAACCCUUACGGAGCUCUCCCCCGGCACCAGAACCCACCCCUCGGCACCAGAUUUCACAAAAACAUCCUACUGGGUCUCCGUCUUUCUAGUUAUUGAAUUGAUUCUAAAUGUUGAAAAAAAAAAAAAAAAAAGUUAUAAAUGACACGUGAAUUAAAAAGGGACCGAGUGAUGGAAAUACAGAACAUGAUGAAUAAUUUAAAGAGGUUGAACUUGAGAAGCAGCUUUAGAAAAAUGGUAAAUGAGACAAAACUAUGUUAUAGAGUAUGUUUUAGUUUUGUUGGGGUGGGGGGUUAAAGAGUUUGUUUGUUUGUUUGUUUGUUUGUGUUUUUUUUUUCAUGGCAUCUUUGUGAAAUGUCCAGGUUAGUGAGUUGAACUGACACAGGAGACUUGAGCAUUUACAAUAUUAUUUUUAAAGCAGCUUCUGUCCUGAGGUGAUGUUUUACGUUUACGUACAGGUGAGAUUUGAUCGACAAAAGAGUUGGCAAGGGCAUGAUCAAGUCCUUUUCACAAUCCAUCACUUUACCAUUAGUAAUACUUUCCGUGCAAAAUCCAAUAUUUUGUUUAGACAUGUUUAGAGAUGGGCUCCAGGGACGUGAAGUUGAGGAGAUCCAAAACCAAACUUUUCCCCUCUGUCAUUCUCGUCCAUCUGCAAAACCUUUUCCCGCUUACAUUUGUCUUUUUGUUUUUAAGUGGAUAGAUGAAGUCGGUGUAGCCAUUUCUGCCGCUCUACAUUCAGAUUUUGAGGUUGGACUUGCACAUUAAAGUAUGACACAUAACUCUAAUGUAGAUGCACUAUGAAGUUGUUCUUGGAAAUGAGGAAGAAAAAAGGAGGAGAAGGAUGGCGAGUCCAGCAAGAUGACGAGAACCUGCCAGUUUUUCUUUCUUUCUUCCGUGUUACAAAGAAAAUUUACUUCAACUCCUUCAUUUUUUUUACAUUAGAUGUUUAAAACAGUAGUUAAUGCACUGUCGUGUGACUUGAAGAGGCCUGGGACCUAGCAUGUAAUACAAAUACUAAAUCAACAGCUAAGCAUAACCUGUAAUGAAACACAAAAGUUAUUGAGCAUCACUACAGUAUGUUAAGUGUUCUGACUACAUGUUGACACACAAAUAUUUACAGCAGCGUUCACAACUGUGUUAGAAUACACUGUCAAGUCCCUUCUUUUCAAUGUUAGUUUCAGAAAAAGAAAAAUCCUUUACCUGCUGUACUGAGUUACAUCACGAGAAUGUAACUAAAGUUUAGAGAACCAGUUUGCAUUGUGAAAUGCCCCCAACCUCAGCUAUAUCCUCAUCAUCAUCGUCAUCACCACCAUCAUCAUCAUGGAGAAUAUGUUGUUAGUGCUUGAAUACAGUGUAGAUUAGUAUGCUUGAAGUCUGUCUUUGUCUCCUGGAUGUCAAAGCAAAGAUAUCCUUUUGUUGUAAACGAAAGCACUAUGCUGUUGGAUAAAGGAAGAGCCUUCUGACAUUAUAUAUAAAUUAUAUAUGUAUAUAUUAAAAAAGGGGUACAAAAACCUUUUUGGGGGCACUCUACCUUACCAACAAUAAAUUUUGCACUAUGGGACGUUCAUGGCGUUAGGAGUUAAAGUGUGGUUUGUGUUUUACCAAGCACAAGAGAGCUUGUACAGAAUAGGAUUUAAAAAAAAAAGCUAUUCAAGCUUUGGUGAUAAACCAUAAAGUAGAGAGGUUAUCACUUCUUUUUGAUACCAUCACGCUUUCCUGACUUUUGUCUGAGGCAGGGGCCUGUCCAUACACUCACACACUUCUUCUAUCCAAUCUGGAACCUGGACAAACCGAACCAGCGGCCUUAAAGGCCUCCUCGCCCGCUGUGGGUGAUAAGUCAUGUGUGUAAUAAGUGUCUGGAUCGAUGAACAUAGAAUGCUUUAACUGGAAAUGGCCCGCCCACCAACUUUAAUCUGUUACAAUGUUAGAGAGACAACAUUAUUUUGACUUAAACAACGUGUUGACUGUUUUGCAAAGACAUGUUUUUGCCUUUGUGUGUAUAUUAAGUGAAAGAAGCCCAUACGAGAAUGUGGGAAGAGUAUCCAGGGAUUGUUAGCCAAAGUAGAGGAUGACAUGUUGUGUGCUGUAACUUUUGUGAUCACAGGAAUAUGCUAGAACAUUUCAAAGGGAGAGAAAACGGUGGUUUAGGGGCAGUGGUUGGAAAUAAUUCAACAGGUCAAUUGUCUAUUUAUUAAUAUGAAUUACAAUGCAUUUCAAAGUCUGUCUACCUCACUUUCGCCUUCUAAAAAGAAAACCUUGCUUUUCAAAAUUUGUCAUUGAUUAAUCUGUGCAAACAUUUAACCCAUAAAAUGUCCAACUCCCCCCCUCCCCAAGAAGUGUAGACAAAUACCACAGGGUCCCCUUGCUCUCAGGUUCAGAUUGAGUUAUUGACAGAGUGACUGAUGGUAGCGGCUCUGGUAAUGUGUGGUCAAAACAAACAAUAAUAAUAAUGAUAAUAAUUAUAAUAAUAAAAAAUGACAAUAAUAAUAGUUGUGCCCACAUCUAUGGCUUAACAAUGGUUAAAGCUGUUGAGAAGUUGCGUUUUGAAUUGUAGUGUUUGUAUACUGGUAUGUGUGAGAGUGUUUUUCAUAUAAAUAUAUGAGAGUAAGAAAUCUCUAUGUAAAUACCUACCCAAAUGUUGACAUUUAUUAUGUUUUGGACAGGUUCACCGCUUCUCAUGUUUUUUCACUUUACCCCCCUUCAUUCCUCCGUUCUUUGUGUACCUAAAAAAUUCACCCCAACUUUGUAGUUUAAUGGUGUGCAUAUGAAUAACUGUUCAAUUGUUAUUUUUGCCUUUUGUUGUUUAUUUGCUGUCAUCUUUCUUUUGUACAAUAAAUCAUUUAUUUAGCUUAUGGGAGUUUU